UCAUUCUAUGUACUGUCGAAGACCACAGGAAUGAUUAGAGGGUAAUUAGUACGCGGGGAGAACUGGGAUUUACAACGUGCUCAAGUCGACGGUCCCCAGUAAAGGGACAAAAAUUCAUGUAUUUCUUCGCCUACCGACAAUUUGUUUGGUACAUGUUUCUCCUGAGCGCCCAAAGCCAGAAAUCCGGCUCCUGCUAAUACGCUAGCUGUUCCACAACUGCAAUCCUAGCCAUAACGAAACGUCUGCGAAUUACGCGUGACCGUCAAAUGGCUGAACAAAGGUGGACCGCAGCGCUGGACGGCCUUCCUGGCUUGUCAACGGCGGAGAAAGGCAAGGCGCGCGUUUUGCUUCUGCGGAAAUCUCAGGAGGAGGCCUCGCUGCUUGUUUCGGGCUUACCAGACGUGGCCGCCGAGGCAAUUAAGGAGAUCCUUCGCCAGGAAGGCGCGGCGGCUGGCCUGGGCACAACAAGAGCUGGCGCGGCGGCUGGCCUGGGCGUGGGGAGCGCGGCUGGAGCUGAGACGAAGCUGUACAACAACGUCACCGUAUUCGUGCCGGGUUACGCAACACCCUACGCAAAGCUGGACUACAAGUACCUCACCAAGAAUGACUUCGUCAAGCAGAUGGAGCGCGAGCGCUACUUCCGCGUGGUGACGGUGGCCGAGCAACCGUCCCAGCCCCUGGCGCUGGAGGAGUGCACCGCCAACUCUGUGGACAUUAGCGAAGUGCAGCUGCAGGACGAUGUGAAGCUGGCCGUGGUGGUUGGCGCGGAGCAUGCGCUCCACAAGGUUCAGCAGCAGGUGAAGACGAUAAAGGGCUGGAAGGAGGGCCGAAUCAACAAAGACGAGUACAAGGCUGCGGAAUGGGCCACAAUGCACAUCGCCGGCGAUAUGGGUGCCAGCCGGUGGUGCUUUAAAGAGAUCAGUGGCCUCGUUGACGCUGACAAGCUGAAGAUCGAGAUCGACGGCAUGGCCUUCUCCCUGGAGCGGGUGGUGCUGGUGGAGCGCAAGCCACGCAUCAAGCUGAUGUACGUGCAGGAGCUGGCGGACAAGAUAUGGAAGCUCAUGAAGCUCGUGGCGGCCGGCGCGCCCAACACUGACAUGCUGCGGGACCGCUUCAGGCCGGAGAUCAAGCCCCUGGAGGUCUUCCUCAUGGCGGACGGUUGGGUGGACGACCCUGGCGAGGCGGCGGCGUGCGCAGUCCGCAUGGAGGAGGCGGGCAUUGCGCCGUUGCUGCCCACUGGCGACGGCGGCUACGAUGCACGCGGCAGCUGCGGCCGCUGGCCAGUCGACGACGGCAUACGGCGGUGCGGACAGAACUUUCUCGCCAACAACAAGCCGGGACGCCGGCAGCCAAAGAGGUCCGGCAGCAGCGCGGCAGCGGAUGCCAGCGGGAGCAGCGGGGCCGGCGGGGCGGCGGGGCCCAACAGCGCGGUGGGCAUCGGCCGCCACGCCAGCAGCAGCCAGCAGGCGGCCUGCAGCCCGGCGCAACCGGCGCACCACCUGCGCACGCACGACCCCUUCAGUGCCACCAGUGGCGCCUGGCUGCAGCGCCGCGUCGCGCCAGUCUGCCGCCCCCUGCACCCGCCGCCCCUGCACCCGCCGUGCCACCACCACUACAGCAUGCCCAGCGUGCGCCGGCUGUAGCUGCAGCGCGCAGGCUGUAGCAAGCUGUACUCUCAGCGCCCCAGGCUGUAGCUGCGAUAACAGCAGAUACGCGAGGCGUAUGGGGCUGCGCCUGGCAAGCGGGGACUGGGCAGCAGCUUGCGAGGUAUAGCGCCGAAGGGGGAUGCUCGCCGGGGCCCGGGGCGGGCUGAGAGCUGGGCGGGUUCGGGGCGGCAGCAGCUAGGCGAGGGGUCUGGUUCCGCGGGUACUGCGGCGCACUAUUCUUGCCCGUGUUGUAGUUGGCGGCACUCGUGCGGCUAUGCGUUUGGCGCCUGACCGAGAGCGUAGCCUGUGCGUGCCGGUGCAUACCGACUAAAUGAGAGUGUUGCGUUUGCGUGUAUGCGUUUUUGUCUAACCGCAGCCAUGAACUGCCCAACCCUUUCCAAGAAUGUUUUAAUGCCAAGGCGUUGUUAUGCGCCAACUUUUAUGCUUGCUUGAGGCCGGGUGCAUUCUUGAAACAAGCUGUUUGAGAGCUUCAACAAUUGCGCACCGAAAGCAGGUCUAAGACCAGCGUGCAGUAGAAUCGCGAGUGGGUGAUGGGCUGAUGCCGGAUGAUGCUCAAGGCUUGCACAGUGGGGUAGGUGAAGAUUUUUGCUAAUAAAUCGAACACAACCCGCUUGCUGCAUGUUGUCAGAUGGAAAUUCAAUUUAUGGAUGUUCUUGGAUCAAUUCCUUUCCUCUUUCUUUUGCGGCUGGGGUGUGCCGGGGUUUGGGGUUUCCGAGCAUGGGCGUUAGGCAUACCUGGGUUGGUGCCGUGUGUACCGUACGUGUGGAAACAGCCCCGCCAUACCGUGCGUAAUGCUUUCCAACUCACGUCUAAUUGAUGUGUUAUCUCAAACUGGGUGCGGCUAUCUACGACCCACCUGAGUCAGUAGUCCUGGUGUAGAGAGCGUGUGUGCAUGGUGUGUGAUGGGACAGGGUUUGGGCAGGUUGGCGAGGUCCCGUAGGGUGCAGCUGACGCCCAUAUCCCAAGCAGACGGCAAACAGGUUGCAGCGGCAGAGCAGAAGUGCAUGGCUGGUCGAACGCCGGAGUUACUGUGUGCAUGGUGACAGGAUGGACAAGCAAGGCGGCGUGGAGGUCGUUGGUGGCAGGCGCUUUUACUUUGGCAGGGCAACGACACACAGGGAACAUGCGCGGUUAUGGGUAACCCCCAACUUUGAGGCGCUGUGACAAGCCACCAUGCAACAUGAAAAUUUCGCGCGAUGACGGGCGGCCCUAGGGUCGGUUGGGUAGGGUAGGGUCCUGGCGGUACACGCAGAGUGUAUGACGACACGCUGGGUGUUUUGACCACUGGCCCUGUGACCACGGUGCUGUACGGCGGGAGACGUACGGCGCUCAAUUUCGGUGUGUCAAUCAUCCUCAGCA